AUGCUACAGCUGCAGGACAACAGGGUGAUCCUAAACAACUUGACAUCUCCAUUUCCAACCUUCUUGCUGACUGGUAUUCCUGGCCUUGAGUCUGUCCAAGCCUGGUUCUCCAUCCCAUUCUGUUGUCUCUACGCCAUUGCCCUCUCGGGGAACAGCAUGAUCCUGUAUGUCAUCAUCACCCAGAAGAGUCUCCACGAGCCCAUGUGCUGUUUCCUCUCCAUGCUGUCGACUACUGACGUGGGCUUGACAGUUUCUACGAUGUCGACAACAUUAUCAAUUCUGUGGUUUGAGGCAAAUCAAAUUAGUUUGGAUAAUUGCAUCAUCCAGAUGUUUUUCCUUCAUGGAUUUACCCUCAUAGAAUCUGGUGUGCUUGUGGCUAUGGCCUUUGACCGUUAUGUGGCAAUUUGUAACCCUCUGAGGUAUACCACCAUCCUCACUAAUCUCAGAAUCAUUCAGAUGGGUCUCUUUAUAACAACACGAACUGUAGUGAUAAUAGUACCACUACUCUUGCUACUUAAACACCUCUCCUUCUGUAGAGCUAAUGCCCUGUCCCAUUCCUAUUGUUACCAUCCAGAUGUGAUUAAACUAGCAUGUUCAGAUACUCAAGCCAAUAGUAUCUGUGGAUUAAUUGGUCUUGUCCUGACCACAGGAAUAGAUACACCAUGUAUUGCCCUGUCUUACUUCAUGAUUAUUUGCUCUGUUUUGGGCAUUGCUUCUUCUGAAGGACGACACAAGGCUUUUAGCACCUGUGUUUCCCAUAUAGGAGCUGUUGCCAUUUUCUACAUCCCCAUGGUGAGCCUAUCCUUGGUGCACCGUUAUGGUAGGUCAGUUCCCAGGGUGGCCCAUUCGAUGAUGGCUAAUAUAUAUCUUAUUCUGCCCCCUGUGCUCAACCCCAUCAUCUAUAGUGUUAAAACCAAACAAAUACGCAAGGUUAUACUCCAUCUUCUGCAGACAAUAUAG